AUGAAAGCCAAGCGCAAUAUCGGUCCAUUGGACAAGCGCAAGAAGGUAACCCGCUGCCAAUCAUGUGCAAGGCGGCGCAUCAAGGUGAAUAGCAUGUCCCCUGCACCUCUUGGCUCCGGCUCACGACCUGAAAGUGUCAAGGUGAUCGUUGGACCCGACGAAGCGAAAUUCGUCAGCUGGACAACCUCGCCGCAGCCUCUGCAAAUGACGAAGCUGUCUGUACAAGUCAGCGAGUCGUUUGAAGACAUCUAUCUCGGCUACUUCAACCUUUUCAUGCAGCGCUGUCAAUUCACUCAAGAGUUCGCCAAUUUUGGCGCUGACAUAUUACCUCUUAUCCACACUUGCCCGCCCCUGAGAGAAGCGACAAUUGCGAUUGGGGCGCUGGAAGCCAGUAGACGAGCAACCGUGAGCUCCUCAAAUGAACGGAAAUCACCGAAACAAAUCGCUUUCGGGUCUUAUGGAAGGUCCAUUCGGCUGCUACAGUCUUGGCUUCAGUCGGCUGACACUGCAAGCUGUCAAGGGAGUCUCUGGUGCACACUACUGCUUACACUAUUCGAGUUGACCACUGAAAUAUCUGGAGACCAAUGGGCCGAUCACUUGCUGUAUGGGACUUCCAGAAUGCUUCAGUCUUCUGUAAGCUUGGAUUAUCAUGAUCAGCUUGACCGACAACUCAUUGGAGCAUUUCGCUUGCUGGAAGCGAAUCGCGCUGUCUUGUAUGGGGUUGAGACUUUUAUUUCUCAAGAUGCUUGGUUGAACCAUUAUUCACGCUAUGCGUUAGAUCCCAGUAGCCCAGUAGAAACGAUAUUUGGCCUCUUGAUCGAGAUCUCUUCAUUUACCCAGAAAUUCUUCGAACGAGCAGAGUCAUUGCCAGAAACAAUACAGACAGAUCACCCUGACAUCUGUGCGCUAGCUGCACAAGGUUUCAUUAUGCUGCGGAGACUCGAGGAUUGGUAUGAAAGUACUAUACCACAGAUCCAAAGCCCAGAUGCAUAUCUAAAACUUGCGCUGGCAAAUUACCAUGCUCUGCACCUCUUCAUAUACCAGAACUACACAUAUUACGCCUUCUGGGAUAGGAGUGAGAUACCUAUUCUUGCAGAAGAUGAGGCUAGAACACACAUUGCUGUUAUAAUAGCUCUGUCAGCUGAGGUCAUUAACAGCUCUGAUAUUCCCGGGAUAUUAACGCUGUUCGCACUUCGAGCGGCCGGAGUAACCGCCAGGGAGAUGUCCGAAAGGAGGGCCAUUUUAGUCUUGUUAGACCAGAUAGCGCAGAAAGGGUUUGUCGUUUCACGAAGAAUCAUUGAAGAUUUAAGAGGGCUAUGGGAAUAUGAGAGGCUAGGAUCGCUGCAUCGCGGCAUUGAUGAAUAG